GGGAAGUCCUACCCGUUCACAGGCUCCUUUCCCCCCAUGUGGAACCCAUUCGCCCUGAUGGACUACAACAACCUGUGGAGGAAGAUGGACGAGAUGGGCAGCGAGGUAAACACUCUCUCUCCCCUUUUUUUUUCCCCCCCAAAAACCCCCCUCCCCUUUUUCCCCUCCCUUCCCCCCUUCCCCCCCCCUCCCCCUUUUUCCCCCCUUUUUCCUCCCCCGGGCCCCCCCCCCCUUUUUCCCCCCCCCUAUUUUCCCCCCUUUCCCCCGUUUUUUCCCCCUUUUCCCCUCCCCCCUCCCUCUUUUUCCCCCCCCCCUGGGGUUUUUUUCGGCCGUAUCCUUCUUUUUUUCCCUCUCCCCCCCCGUGGUUAUUUUACCCCCUUUUUUCCUUUUGGGUUUUUUGGGUUUGUUUCUUUUUUUUUCCCCCCCUUUUUUUUUUUGCCCGGGGCCCCCCCCCACCCCCGGGCCCCCCCAUUUUGAAACUGUUUACCCACCCCAAGGUUUGGUUUUUCAGAUUGAGGCCCCCGGAGGUUUUCCCCCCAAUGGGAAAAAUUUACACCUUUUGGGAAAACUGCUGGGGUUUUCCUUACUGUUUUUCCCCUGGGCCUUCCCUCGCUGUUUUGGGACCCUAAUCCCUUCUACGGCUCCUUCCACUUCCCCCCAUGUGAUUUCCCCUGUCCAAAACCUGUGGGAAAGUGUACGAUGGGCACGAGGUCUCUCUCUCCCCUCUCUCUCUCUCUCCCCCUCUCUCUCUCUCUCCUCUCUCCAUUCAUCUCCUCUCUCUCCUCUCACUCUCCAUUCUCUCUCUCUCGUCUCUCUCUUCCUCCUCUCUCCUCUUCUCUCCUCUUCUCCCUCCUCCGCUGGUCCCUCUCUCUCCUCUCUCGGUUCCUCUCUGCUUCGUCCUCUCCUCCUGUCUUCUCUCUCGCUGUGGGCUCUCUCUCUGCGAUCGUCUCCUCUCUCCUCUUCUCACGAGCUUUUCUCGUCUCCCUUCUCUCUCCCCUCUCUAUUUCCACUCAGCCCUUUAUCGCCUCUCUAUGCCGGGCAGCCAUCCCCUCCACAACCCCUUGACCAAUCAACCCCUACUUCUGACACUGCUUGAUGCUCCCACCCUCAUAGUGUGUGUUUGUUCUAGAUCCCCAGAGAGGCUCCCUGGAGGGCUCCCCAUGCUGAGGAGUGGGACAAGAUGACCAUGAAGCAACUCUUUGAGAAGAUCUGCUGGACCAGGUGAUGCACUACACUCGUUUUACAAUACACUCAGGACCAUUCAACCCAAUGCAGCAUGAUUUAGUAAUGUAAAAUUGGUCAUAGUCAUUGUAAUUGAGUUCUUACGUGUGAGUGUAUGUGUGUGUGUGUGUGUGUGUGUGUGUGUGUGUGUGUGUGUGUGUGUGUGUGUGUGUCUGUGCAACCCCCUCUCCCCACAGUUCUGCGAGGCGGUUCGCCACUCUGUUUGUGAACGUGAAUGUGACCUCUGAACCCCACGAGGUGUCUGCCCUGUGGUUCCUCUGGUACGUCAAGCAGUGCGGAGGGACCAUGAGGAUCUUCUCCACCACCAAUGGAGGACAGGUACUGUACACACCUGGCUGGCUGCCUGUCUGGCUGGCUGACUGUCUGUCUGCCUGUCUGACUGACUGUCUGUCUUUCUGGCUGACUGACUGACUGUCUGUCUUUCUGGCUGACUGACUGUCUGUCUGCCUGUCUGGCUGUCUCUCUAACCCUGGGGACUGGCUCUUUCAUAUCUAUACGGGGUCCUAGCAUGGCUCUCAGAAAUCAGAAUGAGGAGAAGUUUGCAAUGACAUAUUUAUUUAUUUUAACCUUUAUUUAACCAGGUAAGCCAGUUGAGAACAAGUUCUCAUUUAGAGCUGCGACCUGGCCAAGUUAAAGCAAAGCAGUGCGAUAAAAACAACAACACAGAGUUACAUAUGGGGUAAAACAAAAACAUAAAGUCAAAAAUACAACUGGGCAAGUUGCAGUAGAGGGUGCAGAGCUGGUGGCCGGGGUAGUGGUAGCCAGGUGGAAAGCAUGGCCAGCCGUAGAAAAAUGCUUGUUGAAAUUCUCGAUUAUUGUAGAUUUAUCGGUGGUGGUAGUGUUUCCUAGCCUCAGUGCAGUGGGCAGCUGGGAGGAGGUGCUCUUAUUCUCCAUGGACUUUACAGUGUCCCAAAACUUUUUUGGAGUUAGUGCUACAGGAUGCAAAUUUCUGUUUGAAAAAGCUAGCCUUUGCUUUCCUAACUGCUUGUGUAUAUUGGUUCCUAACUUCCCUGAAAAUAAGGUAAGCCGUAUUUUUGGCUUUGGUUCUAGGUUUGCUGAGCUGACCCAGGAGCCUUUGAACUGAGCUCAAUAAACUAUCCUCCAUGUUAGCACAAAACAUUCCACAACGAUUACAUUCUCAUUUGGAUCCUACUUAGAUUGUAACUAACAUUAACCUCUGGUCCAUCCUUCACAAAACCCUCCAAAUUAGCCUUUUUAGUUCCCUGCUCCCUCAUUUAGUGGCAUAAUCCGUCCCUCCACAUGUCUGUUCCUGGUCGUUCCCUGCUCCUUCAUUUAGGAACAUAAUCCGUCUCUCCACAUGUCUGUUCCUGGUCGUUCCCUGCUGCCUCAUUUAGAGGCAUAAUCCGUCUCUCCACAUGUCUGUUCCUGGUCGUUCCCUGCUCUCUCAUUUAGGAACAUAAUCCGUCUCUCCACAUGUCUGUUCCUGGUCGUUCCCUGCUCUCUCAUUUAGGAACAUAAUCCGUCCCUCCACAUGUCUGUUCUGGUCGUUCCCUGCUGCCCCAAAUUUUGAGGCAUAACCGUCCCUCCACAUUCGUUCCUGGUCGUUCCCGCUCCUUCAUUUAGGAAAAUAUCCCUCCCUCCCCAUGUCUGUUCGGUCGUUUCCCUGCUCUCCUCAUUUAGGAACAUAAUCCGUUCUCCACAUGUCUGUUCCUGGUCGUUCCCUGCUCCUUCAUUUAGGAACAUAAUCCCUCCCUCCACAUGUCUGUUCCUGGUCGUUCCCUGCUCUCUCAUUUAGGAACAUAAUCCGUCUCUCCACAUGUCUGUUCCUGGUCGUUCCCUGCUCCUUCAUUUAGAGACAUAAUCCCUCCCUCCACAUGUCUGUUCCUGGUCGUUCCCUGCUCUCUCAUUUAGAGACAUAAUCCGUCCCUCCACAUGGCUGUUCCUGGUCGUUCCCUGCUCCUUCAUUUAGUGGCAUAAUCCAUCCCUCCACAUGGCUGUUAUUCAGAGCCCAGGGAGAGACCAUUCUUCUUGUUUACUUUGGAAUGCUGAGUGGCCCCAUUGCCUAGGUGACGGCGGAUUGGGACUUUGGGGUAAUUAGAGGAUGUUGUUGUGAGGUCGUCCACUUUCAUUUCCUGUUUGGUCUGCCUGCUCUCCGGCUCCGGUGUUGACAGAAGCUCCAGUUCUGUGUCCAAGAUCUGAGUCCAGACUCAAUGUAUGUAAUGUAUUGAUUCAAUGUGUUGCUUUACCAGGUAGAGCAAUAGAAAAACAUGUGGACGCUAAAGUUUGUCAUGAGUUGAUAUAUGAGCAUUAGCUCUCAAGCGUGUGCUUUGCCCUUUUGAGGUCGAUUGCAAUGCAUACUUGCAUAUGAGAUUGUACUGCAUUUACAGUGGGGUCUGAAAGUAUUGGCACCAUUGAUAAAGAUGAGCAAAAAUGACUGUAUAAAAUAAAUAAUUCAAAUACUGAGCAAAAUUGUAUGCUCAAAAAUUAUAUUAUUGUAUACUAAUACAAUUGCUCAGAGAAGAGAUUUUGUUUAAAAAUAAUACUAUUUUUCUCAAAAAGGUAGGGGUCAAAGUUAUUGACCCUGUUUUCUAUACCUUUUAAUACCUGACCUUGCGAUGAUAACGGCACUGAGACUUUAUCUAAAAUAUUUUAUGAGUUGGAGAACACAUUGGAAGGGACAUUCCAGCCAAGUCAAUUUUUCAGAAAUGAUGGGUCUACAAAGGUCAGCUGAGGGAAGUUUACACUAACCAGGACUCAGCGUUGUGUACAUUGUAAUGAGGCCUUGCCAAGACCCACUCUCACUUUCCAAUACACCCCCCUGCCUGAUUGGUUCCAGUCCAAUCCACCCCCCUGCCUGACUGGUUCCAGUCCAAUCCACCCCCCUGCCUGACUGGUUCCAGUCCAAUACACCCCCCCUGCCUGACUUGUUCCAGUCCAAUACACCCCCAUGCCUGACUGGUUCCAGUCCAAUCCACCCCCCUGCCUGACUGGUUCCAGUCCAAUCCACCCCCCUGCCUGACUGGUUCCAGUCCAAUCCACCCCCCUGCCUGACUGGUUCCAGUCCAAUACACCCCCCUGCCUGACUUGUUCCAGUCCAAUACACCCCCAUGCCUGACUGGUUCCAGUCCAAUCCACCCCCCCUGCCUGACUGGUUCCAGUCCAAUACCACCCCCCCUGCCUGACUGGUUCCAGUCCAAUCCACCCCCCUGCCUGACUGGUUCCAGUCCAAUCCACCCACCUGCCUGACUGGUUCCAGUCCAAUCCACCCCCCUGCCUGACUGGUUCCAGUCCAAUCUACCCCCCUGCCUGACUGGUUCCAGUCCAAUCCACCCCCCUGCCUGACUGGUUCCAGUCCAAUACACCCCCCUGCCUGACUGGUUCCAGUCCAAUACACCCCCCUGCCUGACUGGUUCCAGUCCACAUCCUGCGUGUUGUUGUACUGAAGUAUCCUAAAGCCAGCUUAAAGGGGCCACCGCCCAAAUGUACAACUACAGUUGACCCCAGAAGCAUCAAUCAGCUGUCCCAGGGGGUCUGGCUGUCUUACAAUGAGUUUGAGGUAUUUUUCCUGGAGGCAGAAGAUGGAACAGAAUAGCUAGUUUAUUACUCAUAUGGUGUAAAUCUGGCACUGAUGCAAACACUUUCACACUCUCAGCCCGUAGAGAAUACUAAAUCUUACACUGUGAAUCUUGUCAAAAGUAAUGUACUACAGUGAUAGUGAAUGGAGUAAAAUUUGAUAUUUGUCCUAGCAUUGCGACUUUAUUGUCCACUGUGACAUAAAUGCUUGUUUUGCUGUCUUGUGUUUUUUCCCAACCCUCUGGACAUCACACAAUACACAACACACAGAUGAGAGACUGGAAGCAGCACACGGUCAGCCGCAGAGCAGUGCCCUCCUGGAGCAGGUCUUUUUAGCAUGGCAUGUAUCUGAUUGAUAUGACUGAUGAUACUGUAUUUGCAUUUCAGGAGAGGAAGUUUGUGGGCGGUUCCAGCCAGAUCAGUGAGUGUAUGGCCAAAGAGCUGGGUGAGCGGGUCAAGAUGGAGUCUCCUGUCUACAAGAUCGACCAGACAGGGGACAUGGUCGAGGUCGAGACGCUCAACAAGGAAACAUACAAGGUGAGUGAGAGAGCAACCAUCUCCAAUCCAUCAUCAACAUGUUGACGAUGUCGUCAGACCACAUUCACUGAGCAGGAGCCUACUGAUUUCAGGUUGUGCCUAUGCUGCCAUCUAGAGCUUGUUUGUUCAUAAUACGUGACACCUCAUGAUGAGGCCCAUGUUGUGACUACUGUGCAUUUGCAUUCUAGAACUCCUGGAACAAUCUAGGAAUCAUUUAUUCAGCCAUACAACUCACUGAGCUUACAGAGCCCCUUAGACAUUCAUGUUUGCCCGUCAGUAAACUCCUAUAGCUUUUGACAGUGUGUGCGUGCGUGUGUUCGCGUGUUUGUGCGCGUGCGUGUGUGUGUAAGCCAGAGUGGAUUGUUGUCAGUAAGCUGGUCCUCAUCUCUCUGUCCAGGCCACAUCCUCUUCACCCAGAUAAAACCCAUUAAACAGUACCAUAGAGCUGCUUAGCCACCAGGGGUGGACUGGGGAGAUACACACUACCCACUGGGCACAGACCUCAAUUCAAUGUCUAUUCCACGUUGGUUCAAUGUAAUUUCAUUGAAAUGACAUGGAAACAAUGUCGAUUCAACCAGUGUGUGCCCAGGCCUCAACUCUUGUGUUUUGUUUCUCCCAGGCCAAGUAUGUGAUUGUGGCGAACCCCUCCUGGUCUGAACCUGAAGAUGCACUUUAACCCCGAGCUGCCCCCGCUCAGAAACCAGCUGAUCCACAGAGUCCCCAUGGGCUCUGUCAUCAAAUGUAUGGUCUACUACAGAGAAAACUUCUGGAGGAAGAAAGGUAACAAGGGAGGGAGGGAGGGAGGGUCCAUGGGCUCUGUCAUCAAAUAUGUGGUGUACUACAGAGAGAACUUGAGUGAUAAUCUCCUCUCCUCUCCUCCUCAUACCUGAUCCUCCUUCUCCUCUCCUCUUCUCCGUCUAUUGAUCCUCUCUCUUCUCUCUUCCUGUCCUCCUCCUCUCCUGUAUCUCUCUCCUCUCUUCCUGUCCUCCUCCUCUCCUGUAUCUUUCUCUUCCCUCUCUCUCAGGGUACUGUGGCACUAUGGUGAUCGAGGAGGAAGAGGCCCCCAUUGGCUUGACUCUGGAUGACACGAAGCCUGAUGGGACUGUGCCCGCCAUUAUGGGGUAAACACAGAACUUUAGUUUCCUGCAUCCCAACAUGAUUACCCAUAGAGAAUGAGAAACUGUGGUUUACUUAGUGGUAUUACUGUAACUGUAUUUCUCCUGUUCCUAUGGCUUAGCUUCAUCCUGGCCCGCAAGUGCAGGAAGCUAUGUGGACUGACCAAGGAGGAGAGGUAAACAUCUGUCUGGCUGUUUCUCAUGUUCAGUACCUACAGUGUGUUUUACUUCACUUCCUCAUGUGUAUACUAUGCUAGUAUGCAUGCACAUGUGUACCAGCAUUAGGAGUUUAACCCUAUCCCUUCCUAACCCUUAAACAUGGUUGUUGUCCCCUGUAGGAAGAAGAGGAUCUGUGAGAUCUACUCAAGAGUUCUGGGCUCAGAGGAGGCUCUGCAUGUGAGUGGAACCACUACUACUUACUACUACUACUACUACUACUAUUACUACUGCUACUACUACUAAUACUACUACUACUACUAUUACUACUGCUACUACUACUACUACUACUACUGCUGCUACUACUAUUACUACUACUACACUCUUAGAAAAAAAGGUGCUAUCUAGAACCUAAAAGGGUUCUUCGGCUGUCCCCAUAAGAUAACCCUUUGAAUAACCUUUUUUGGUUCCACAUAGAACCCUUUUGGUUCCAGGUAGCACCCUUUUGAGUUCUACAUAGAACCCAAAAGAGUUACACCUGGAACCCAAAAGGGUUCUACCUGGAACCAAAAAGGGUUCUACAUGGAACCAAAAAGGGUUCUCCUAUGGGAAUAGCCGAAAAACCCUUUUGGAACUAUUUUUUCUAACAAUGCACUACUACUACUACUACUACUACUACUACUACUACUACUACUACUACUACUACUACUACUACUACUACUACUACUACUACUACUACUACUACUACUACUACUACUACUACUACUACUACUACUACUACUAAAUUUAAAUAAAAAUUGAGUCAUUUAGCAGACGCUCUUAUCCAGAGCAACUUACAGGAGCAAUUAGGAUUAAGUGCCUUGCUCAAGGGCACAUCGACAGAUUUUUCACCUAGCCGGCUCUGGGAUUAGAACCAGCGACAUUUCGGUUACUGGCACUACGCUCUUAACCACUAAGCUACCUGCCACCCUACUACUACUAUUACUACUAUUACUACUACGACUAUUCAUGCUACUGCUACCACUACUACUACUACUACUAACUACUACUACUACUACUACUACUACUACCACUAAUAGUACUACUACUACUAAUACUAUUACUGCUACUACUACUACUACUAUUACUACUACUAUUACUACUACUACUACUACUACUACUACUACUACUACUAUUACUGCUACUACUAUUACUAUUACUACUACUAUUACUGCUACUACUACUACUACUGCUACUAACUACUACUACUACUACUACUACCACUAAUAGUACUACUACUACUAAUACUAUUACUCUGCUACUACUACUACACUACUACUACUACUACUACUACUACUACUACUACUACUACUACUACUACUCCUACUAUUACUAUUACUACUACUAUUACUACUACUACUACUACUACUACUACUACUACUACUACUAUUGCUGCUACUACUAUUACUAUUACUACUACUAUUACUGCUACUACUACUACUACUGCUACUACCACUACUACUACUACUACUACCACUAAUAGUACUACUACUACUAAUACUAUUACUGCUACUGCUACUACUACUACUACUACUACUACUACUACUACUACUACUACUACUACUCCUACUAUUACUACUACUAUUACUGCUACUGCUACUACUACUGCUACUACUACUACUACUACUACCACUACUACUACUACUACUACUACUACUACUACUACUACUACUACUACUACUAUUACUACUGCUACUACUACUACUAUUGCUGCUACUGCUACUACUACUACCAGCACCACCACUACUGCUGAUUAAAACUAGAAUGCUUAAUUGAAACAAUAACAAAGCUUUCUCUCCACCCCUGUUCUGCUAAAAAGCUAAAGGAUGGGACUGGAGAAAUAUAACCACUAUCAAAUUCAAAGCUAUGGAUUUAAGGACUGACCAUCCAUUAUAUAGUUUUAACCAUGUUUUGAGGCUAUACGGUGUUUGCUUACAUUUAUGUUGUUUACAAACAUUGGAGUAAAACAACCCCCAGUCCGAUAUGAGUACUAACCCCCAGCCCGAUAUGAGUACUAACCCACAGCCCGAUAUGAGUACUAACCCCCAGCCCGAUAUGAGUACUAACCCACAGCCUGAUAUGAGUACUAACCCCCAGCCCACUAUGAGUACUAACCCCCAGCCUGAUAUGAGUACUAACCCCCAGCCUGAUAUGAGUACUAACCCCCAGCCCGAUAUGAGUACUAACCCCCAGCCCAAUAUGAGUACUAACCCCCAGCCUGAUAUGAGUACUAACACCCAGCCUGAUAUGAGUACUAACCCCCAGCCCACUAUGAGUACUAACCCCCAGCCUGAUAUGAGUACUAACCCCCAGCCUGAUAUGAGUACUAACCCCCAGCCCGAUAUGAGUACUAACCCCCAGCCUGAUAUGAGUACUAACCCCCAGCCUGAUAUGAGUACUAACACCCAGCCUGAUAUGAGUACUAACCCCCAGCCUGAUAUGAGUACUAACCCCCCAGCCUGAUAUGAGUACUAACCCCCCAGCCCUGUAUGAGUACUAACCCCCAGCCCGAUGAGUACUAACCCCCAGCCUGAUAUGAGUACUAACCCCCAGCCUGAUAUGAGUACUAACCCCCAGCCUGAUAUGAGUACUAACCCCCAGCCUGAUAUGAGUACUAACACCCAGCCUGAUAUGAGUCUAACCCCCAGCCUGAUAUGAGUACUAACCCCAGCCUGAUAUGAGUACUAACACCCAGCCUGAUAUGAGUACUAACCCCCAGCCUGAUAUGAGUACUAACCCCCAGCCUGAUAUGAGUACUAACCCCCAGCCUGAUAUGAGUACUAACCCCCAGCCUGAUAUGAGUACUAACCCCCAGCCUGAUAUGAAAAAACACCCCCAGCCUGAUAUGAUAACUAUAACCCCCAGCUGAUAUGAUACUAAACCCCAUCCCGAUAUGAGUACUAACCCCCAGCCUGAUAUGAUACUAAAAAACCCCAGCCUGAUAUGAGUACUAACCCCCACCGAUAGAGUACUAACCCCCACCUGAUAUGAUAACUAAACACCCAGCCUGAUAUGAGUACUAACCCCAGCCAUAGGAGUACAACCCCAGCCUAUAGGGUACAACCCAGCCCUUGUCCAGCUAGUGACUAAGGAGAAGAAACUGGUGUGAGGAGGAAUAUUCUGGAGGCUGCUACACUGCUUACUUCCCCCUGGAUACUCACCCAGUACGGCAAGUAAGAACAGAACAACAACACACAACACACACACAACAACACACCAACACACACACACAAAACACACACACACCAAAAACCACAAAAUGUGUGAACCCAUCUAACCUUUAUAUAACCUACCGUCCCAUCUCUCCUCCUCCUCCUCCCUCCUCCUCACCGCCUCCCACUCCCAUCACCUCCACUCCUCCCUCACCAUCCUCCCCUCCUCCCUCCUCACAACCCCUCCUCCCUCCUCCCUCCUCCCUUUCCCAUCCCCUCCCCCCUCACCUCCCCCUCUCCCUCCUCCUCCCCCUCCCCCCCUCCUCUCCCACUCACCUCCUCCCCUCCUCGCAUCCUCCAUCCUCCCCCACCUUCCCCUCCGCACAGCCCCCUCCUGCAAUCACUCCUCCCUCCUCACCUACUCACCUCCUCACUCCCUAAUCCAAUCCUCCCAUCUUCUCCCUAUCCCUCCAUCUCCCUCCUCCCCUCCUCCCUCCUCUCCUCCUCCCUCCCUAUUUGUGUAGGGUUCUCAGGGAGCCAGUAGGCAGACUGUACUUUGCAGGAACAGAGACAGCUACUGAGUGGAGUGGCUACAUGGAGGGGGCUGUACAGGCUGGGGAGAGGGCCGCCAGAGAGGUGAGAGCCUUCACAGUAUAAUAAUAAUAAUACAAGUAAUAAUAAUAAUAAUAAUAAUAAUAAUAAUACAUAUAUUUAUUCAUAUACCCCUCCGCCCCCCCCCCCCCCCCCCCAAAAAAAAUAAAUAAAAAACAUGUACAUAAGUUACAAAGAAAUUGUGGUACACAUGGUCUUGUGUAUUGUUUUAGUAUUGUAAAUGAAAUCAUUGUUGUUCCAGGUCAUGUGUGAAAUGGGCAAUAUUCCUCAGAGUCAGGUCUGGCAAACAGAGCCUGAGUCAGUGGUAAGGAUUCAAUGCAACCCAAAACAAUAGAUACUUAAUAAGUCACAUACCAAACUCAUUUGGAUCAAAAUGUAAAGUAUCUAAAGAACAUUAGAGAACGUAGACCUAACUUAGUGCCCCCCUAAAUCUCUCCCCCCAUCUCCUCUCUCCCUCUCUCUCUCGCUCUCUCUAACAGGAAGUCCCAGCACUCCCGUUCGUCACCACCUUCUGGGAGCGAAACCUUCCAUCUGUGGGCGGGUUCAUCAACUUCCUGGGCAUAGCCUCUGUCCUGUCCGUUGCCACGGCAGCAGGCAUGUUGGCCUAUCAGAAGGGGCUUCUCACCCGGAGCUAA